AUGACGAGCGAGACGACGCGUGCGGUGGACGACAGAGAGACGGACCGCGAGCGUCACGACGACGACGACGACGACGCGCGAGAGGCGAAGAGACGAAAGAUCGCUCGAGCGGACGGUGCGACCGAGGAGACGACGACGAAGACGGUGGAGACGAAAGAGGAGACGAAGGAGACGAAAGAUGCAAAGGUUGAAGAUACCGCUCGAGAGAACGAGACGACGACCAAGUCGACGAGCGAGGAGAAACCGACGGCGAGCGGGUUCGGGAGCGCGCUCGCCGGGAGCGGCUUCGGCGGCUUGAAGAGCGGAGGAGUAUUCGGUGGAGUUGGCGGCGGUGGAUUCGGUGGGUUCGCCGCGGCGAACACCGGAGGUGGAUUUGCGUCGAAAGCGAUCGCGACCGCGAGCGCACCCGUGGCCCUGUUCGGGGCGGGGAAGAAGACAGAGGCGGAGGACGAUGAAGAGGGUGAAGACGAUCCCGAGCGAGAGGUUGCAAACGAUUCAAUCAAACCCGUGGUGGAGCUCGGGAUCAUCGAAACCAAAAAUGGUGAGGAGGAUGAGACGUGCGCGUUCCGCACCGAGGGGGCGCUGUUUGAAUUCGUUACGGAUGACGAGGGAUCGCGCUGGCUGGACCGCGGCAGAGGAGACGUGCGCUUGAACGAGGGUGAAAACGGCUCUAGAAUCAUCAUGCGAGCCAAGGGUAACUAUCGCUUGAUGCUGAACGCCGCCCUGUUCAAGGGUCAGACGUUUAAGUUGAUGGAGGGUGGCAAAGGAGUGUCUUUCUCGUGUAAGAACGCCGCCGCUGGUGCGGUUGCAAAGAUGAGCACGUUUGCGCUGAAAAUGCGCGCGGCAGCCUCAAACGCACAGUCACAGGCCGAGGGAUUUCACGUGGCCGCGACGAAGGCGAUUGAAAAACUCUCUGAUGAGAACAAGUGA